AUGGAGCUACGAAAACCGCCGAUACCGCCGACUGAACGCGACGUCGAAGAACGGAAAAGAAGAGCAUUUGCUGACGUCGACGAAUUUACGGUAACAACACAUGAGCGUUCGCUUUGUAAGAAGACCAAAGCCGAGCGAGAACGCGCGUGGCGUCUAUGGAAUAGAUUUGUCACAGAUGUGUUACAAUUAACACCAAAAGAGGCUGAUAAGGUUUGGUUUGGCGUGUGCCAAAACAAGAAAAAGGCCAUUGCUAUCUGCAAGAGCUUUCUGGCCGACUAUACACGCUAUGCAAAAUGUAGGCGUCUGUAUAUAGACGGGCCCGAGGAACAGAAGCAGGUACCAACAGUUCAGUCAGUAGUGACUAUUAUUGCUUUAUGGAAGCAUAUAGUAGCUCAAGCUGAUGCUGUAGUGCUCGCGAAGAGAAGGGAUCAAGAUUCGAAUGAAGAUUCAGACGAAGAUUCCGAACAAUGGAGAUUGCUUGGCAACCGUGGGAAGGCCCGUGGAGAGGUUAUCCAGUGGAUCCAAUCAACUCUUGCACAAAAGUCCAACCUCUCAUGCAGACAAACAUUUGAAAAAACCGAAGCCACAACAGACGAUGUUCUGCUUAUUCUUAGCACUUUGUGGGAACGCGCAGCCGAUAUACCUUGUGCUCCUAGACAUCGGCUUGCCUUUCAUACAUUGGUGCUU